CGAGCCCGCUCGCCCGCCCACCGCGCGCCACUCCACACCGGGUGCAGCGCGUGAGGUUGAUGCCAGCCAGAGAUAGAUGGAUUGGCGAGGGAGGAAAAACCUGCACAGUGACACAACUAGAGUAAAGAGGAGGCGUUUGACGAGUGAGGGAAAACUGAGAGAGUUACGGAACAAAUCCAGAGAAGAGGGAAGCGGGAAAAAGCAGGAAUCCUCCUGCUAACUGGUUCCUGUCUGCCCGCACCGAUGUCCAAGGCCCGUCCGGUGACAGCAGGAGACAACCAACCGAGACAGAGCGCACAGAAACGGCCGCUGGUGGUGGAAGGCUUCGGGGAACCGCUGGAGCUCUUCUCUGUGACUGAGACCAUGGAUUCACCCACAGAUCUUUUUGAUGAUUCUGCUCCCCAGAUACGUACAUUUGCUCCAACUCUCAACUCCACAGAUCUUGCUGGAAUCCAUCCUCAGGCUAAUGCUGGCCGCCUUACUCCUGCCUUUAGACCCCCCGGCUUUCCAUUGAUCCACCAUCUCCUCCAGCCAGGUGGAGGCCCCAGGAGGAUCGGAGGGCUGCUGAACACAAGCCUGAGCACACACAGACACCUGGAGGACAGAAAUGUGGAGGAAGAUGAAGGAGAGAGGGAUGGACACGUGGAGCAAAGAAUGGAAGGGGGAGAUGAGGGGGCAAUAGAGGGAAAGGACGACUUGCUCGGGGUUAAGAAGAGGCACAAUGACGCAGCCCUCGCAGCCGAAUGGAAUCAAGACAUCCUGAAAGUGAAGAGGAUGAAGCUGGAGAGCCGACAGAGGGAUGGAGAGGCAGAUGAGGGAGGCAAACAAGGAGGGAGGGAAGGGAGGAGAAGGGAAAGGGAAGAGCUGAAAGAACAGCUGGAGGAGGCAAGGGAGAGACUGCAGGCUUUGCAGGAGAAAGUGUGGAGAGCUUUUGGGGAAAAGCACAUGGCCGAGGACGAGAAGAAAAGGAAGCGCAGAAACGGAAGCAGCGGUGGAGUUGAUGGAAGAGAAGAGGAUGUAGGGCUAAUAGAGGAGGAGGACAUGACAGAAGGGAUGUACGAUGAGGAAGACAUUGAUGGCGGAGAGAUGGAAAAGGAAUCAUUUUCCCUGCUUUCCGAGUCCCCUUUCGACAGCUUCCACAAACGGAAAGAGGAGCUGCAAAAAGACCGAGAAAGAAGGAUGGAGAGAGGAAGAGGAGGAGGAGGGUUGCACUUGGAGGGUGUGAUGGAAGGAUCAGGGUUGUGGCUGGACUGCGGAGGUUUGGUCAGAGGAGACUGGGAUGGCGGGAUAGAUGACGAGAGUGAGGAGGGAGGGCAGAAGUUUGCCGCGGCGCUGAAGCUGGAGUUGGGCAGCGCUGUGGCCCGGGUCAUCGACCGAGUUCUCCGCCUUUACACCGAGAUGACCGAUUACGCUCCUUCCUCUCCUCCCGCUGCCAUCUCUUUUCUCCCAUCUGAUCCGGGAAGUGACGGAGGGAAGGAGAAGGCAGUGUGGAUGGGGCUGUUAACGAGAGGAAGAAGAGAAGAAACAAUGAGCGAUAAGGAGGACAAAACAAGAGGGCAGGACGGAGAAAGAGAGAAGCAGCUCCACAAGAUGAGCAACGGGAGCGCCCUGCCCCCCCGACCACCCCGUCGGACUGAACCGUCCGAUCUAGCGAUGCCACUGACUCUUCAAAGGUCACCUGACACGCGAAAGGCCUACCCACUCCUCGGCCCACCUCUCCCCACUCACCUCAAUCCCUCUCACCCAAACCUCUCCCUGCACCACCCUUCCUUGCCUCGUCCUCCUCCCCUUUCUCACCCUCCCCUCUUGCCUCCAGCCUCUCAGCCCAAGGAUCCCUCCUCCUCCUCUUUCCACCCGUCUUCAACCUCCUCCUCUCUUCCUCCUCUUCUUUCCCUGCGCCUCCCCUCCUCCCCCGCCUCCGCCCCUCCUCUCCCUCUCCCCUUGCUCCACUACUCAAUGCAGCAGCUUUUCUCCCGCUCACUCCACCACCCUCAGCUCCCCCACCUCCCGUCAUCCCGCAAAGACUACCUGAACUCUGACCCUUUCUUGGAGUUCUCUUCCCACCCGUCGUCUCACCCCUCCUUCCCCCCGCUCCCCUUGCUCGGCCACCUGGACCCGUCACUUGCACGCCACGCGCACGGGGGGAGAGAGAGGGAGCGAGUGAUGAGGGGAGACGGGGGCAUGCGAGGAGGAGGGAUGGAUGGAGGAGAGCUCUACCUGACUGCUGGGGGGACCCAGGAGGGCUUGUCACCCUGCCAUCUGAAGAAAGCCAAGCUCAUGUUCUUCUACACUCGCUAUCCCAGCUCCAACACGCUCAAGACGUAUUUCCCUGAUGUCAAGUUUAAUCGCUGUGUGACCUCCCAGAUGAUUAAAUGGUUCAGUAACUUCAGAGAGUUCUUCUACAUCCAGAUGGAGCGCUUUGCACGCCAGGCUGUCCGCGAGGCUCUCACCCGGGAUGGUGCGCCUCGCAUUAGCCGAGAGAGUCAGCUGCGAGUGGGACGUGAUACGGAGCUUUACCGCAUACUGAACAUGCACUACAAUAAAAGCAACAUCUACCAGGUUCCAGAGAGGUUCAUCGAGGUGUCUGAAGUGGCUCUGAGAGAGUUUUACUCAGCCAUUUGGACGGGGAGAGACAGCGACCCCUGCUGGAAGAAAGGAAUAUACAAAAUUAUCUGUAAACUUGACAGUCCUCUACCAGAUGCAUUCAGACUGCCAGGUUGUCCAGUUGGCUAAUGAUUGCACAGCUUUUAUCUGGUCCAUGUGCACAAAUGCAUGCUCAAACAUAAUUUGACUAAAACAAGGCAUUACAUGCAUUAAAUCAUUCAGAAACUGGUACAUUUCAGGCAGCGCAAACUGAUAUGUAACCAUCCAAAAGAUCAUUUAGAACUAUUACAGCAUUUCGACUGACUUGCAGAGGAACACAUACACUUUCUCAUACUGACAGGCAGGUUUGGAGGCUCAACAGCAAACCCUCAGCCUUCAGUCUUGUGACCGCACUUAUCAAGGAACGUGACCAUACCAUUGAAUUAAAAUGGACAGAGCAGGAAUUCCUUCUCCAAACAUUCUUCAGCAGCCAGUUGCUUGAAUGAAAUCUAAAGCUAUUAUUAAAAGCACACUCUCACAGUAGUUUUGUGAAAUAGACACAAAAUACAAUUUUUGGACUUCACGUUCAUGGAAACAAAUAGACUCUUUUUUUUUUAGUGUGGACAUUGACGCAAAAGUCAAUCACAUAGCAAAGCUUUCAGUUUCCAAGAACACCAACGUACAUGUUAAGACGCUUCAGGUCUGUUGGUGGCAUAAGCUUCAGUUUCAUCGAAGAGGGUUAGGGUUCAAAUUCAGCACUGCUUUCCCUGCUCAUUUUUCAGUUGCUGUUUCAUUAGCUGGGACCACAUCCUCAUUUUAGGUUUGACACCAUUUCUGGUAGAUAAUGGAACAUGGCUUGAGGAUGAAUUGAGGCUGUGGUUUGGAGGAGGCCUCAGAGGGGACUGACAGUGACCCGUGGGCCGGGCAAAUCCCGCUGUACUAAUGAGGUGAAGAAAACAGCUUGUAGUUGCAAUGGGGGGGGGGGGGUCACAUAUAGACAGAGAACUGGAGGUGUGGUUACGCUCAGAUAAAUUAUCUCCAGUUGGUUUGGUUUAAGGGCCAGAACCACUUUCUAGGAUGCUCAUAAAAAAAUUACAACCUUUACAUCCGUCCUUACAAACACAAUGAUUGUAACGAGGGAAAAUUUCACAAAGUGCGACGACACAUGACUGGAAAUCCCACAGAGUUGAAAUCGACUGUUUUAUUAGAAACGUCACAGAAAAAUGCACAGCUGCUGUGGUGGCUAUGGUGCGUUACCACGAGAUAGCUAUCGUUUUGAGAUGCGUUGUCCGAAUCUGAGCACGAAUGCUGUUCUGUACAUCCAAAAGUCCGUGCUUCAAAUUCGCUCUGACACACAGUCCGCAGUCUGAGCGCGCAUCACCUUUUUAGAUUAGGUAACCGGCUCCUCUGGCUUCAUCACCAAUGAGCAGUGUUCCUACUCGGAAAAUCACUGCUAAACAUUUUAAAUAUAAAGCAGUAAUAUUGCUGUGCGAUGAUUAACAAUCUCGCACAAACAGUACUUAACAAUCACACUCAAACAUUUCAGGGCUGCCCUCCCUCAGGGGGCGUUCAUCAUGAAAUGACCUUUUAACGCUGCCUUGUGUGUGGGCUUCUCCAUCAGGAUUUUAUCUUUUAUUUUUAUUUUCUCUCCAACAACAUCAUACCGUCACGUUUCAUCCGAAGUUCAAAAGAUUAAGAUUUUCAAAAUGAAGUUGAUCUUGUUUCACGGCACGAUCUGGUUGGUGGGUUUUGGGUUUUUUUUUUUGCUGCUUGUGUAUGCCUCUCAUCUCUCUGGUCAGUAUUAAAUUAUUAUCAAGCUUUUGUACAUGCAGUCAAAUCAAGACAGCUGUUCUUUCAAGAGGGACAUUAUAUUGAAUUUAAAACAGUAUAAUUAAUGUUUUGUUCUUUCCUUGAUGUGCUCUUAUUGCUGAUAUAUUUACGUAUGUUUUUGAAUUCUUUUUAAAGUGUUGCUAAUCUAAAUAGUUCACUUGCACAAUAAGUAUAUAUAAUUAUAUACAGUAUAUAUCAACAUUUGUUUUCCAAAAGGGGGAAACUUUCACUCUCUCCGCUCUAUAUCAUGACUUUUAUCUCGAGGAAAGAUGGGUUUCUCUUCAAGAAAAUGUCGACCGACAGCCUCGACCUAUCCGUGACGUGUUAUCAAGUGCAUGUUUCCUACAUUUUCGUUUUGCAUUGUAAUCUUUUAUGUCCCUCUAUUUUAUAUUGUACAUAGUGUAUUCUUUACUGUAGAUCUGUGCCUCGUUCAGACUUUGGUGAAUUUCGAUGUUUAAACUUAUCAUGAAUUAAAGAGAUACAAGGCU